GAUCGGUUGGCAACAAGCGUAGAAACGAAACUUGGGUUUCGUACCACUGUACCACUCUAAAAACAGUUCUUUUUUUGUGUGUGUGUGUGAACAGCGGUGCUCAAGCACUCAUUUUUUUUUUUUUUUGGCGAUUAAACAGGCAUGUUACAGCAACACUGAUGUCAAAAACCUGAGAAAAUUUAAUAAGCGAUCGUUAUCAUUUGCCGCCGCUGCAGCUGUCAAUAAAAACGUAAAUAAUGGGCUCCGGUGCGUUUUAGUAGCGGCGAAUUGGAUAUCUGGCACGCGCAAGUUGUAGAGGCUUUUGUAUUAGGGCCAGUUGUUUACUGUUAUUUUACAGCACCGAGUGAUCUGACUGUGGCUGCAGUAACUGCGAUGAGAAACGUUACUUGACUCCAGCACAACAUUUGCUCGCAAACCCCACGGGUGCUGGUGUCUGUGAUGUUCUGUCAUGAGCUUGAGGCGAAUUUUUCCGUUUUCGCAAGACGACAUCCAAUCGAGGGUGUCUCUCGACUCCACGGAAACAUUCAUUUUGGGCGACGAUCCCAUAUGCCUGAACUCCUUGGCCCUGCAGCUUGCCGUUACAUCAGCAGAAGCUGGCGAGUACGUGGCCAUAGUUGGCUGCAGUGCGAUCGAGACGGUUUUCCACGUUCACGGCAUGCCCGCGUUCAGUGAAGACAUGGUUGACUUCAUACGCCCAAGGUUCAUGGGCGACCUCAAGUCUCUCUUCAACUACCUCACCAAGUUCCAGCAGCUCCCUGUGCAUCCCAACGUCCUCAUACUGCACGGACUUGAGGCAUACAUACAGGAAACCUCGGAGGCUGGCUUCAUACCUUCCCAGGAAGAAAAUGGGGACCAGACCAUUGCACGCCUGUUCGCACUGGUGCAGGAUGCUGCAAAUUUUGCCACCUCAAAGAAUCACCAGACGUGCCAUUUGCUUGUGACUUGUUGCGAUGCCGCAUCCAAGGGUCACGUAUGCCCCAGUUACGUUAGCCUCCCUUUCUUCCCACUUCCUUGGCGCUGCAGCAAGCUGGAGGAUGGCCGCUUCACUCUCCAACUGGAUGGCCGUCUUCCAACAACUGUCCUCUUUGGUCUGUCCAAGAGGGAGCUCUGCUUACAAAGAGUGGACUGCUGUUGAUAGCAAUGUGUACUAUCUUUGUUCUGAGCAAGUUCACAGUGUUAUUCAGUGGUGCAACACAAUGAAUGAGAAAGUCGGUUGGGAUCAAGAUGGAGGAGGGCUGUUUCACUCUCUAUCAAAAUGGCUGCCUUCUGUCAGAUGCCUGCUUCUGUCUAGAAAGUUCUGCUUGCACAGAAUAUAUGGUUUCUAAUAUUGUUGUCUACAAUCUCAGUUUGCUAGGUUUCUGUGCUAUGCAGCGUUGCACUUUAAUGAAUAUGAAAUUGAGUCUUGUUCAAAAUGGACGAUGGCCUCUUAGCUCUCUGUCAAAAUGGCUGCCUUCCGUCAGAUGCCUGCUUCAGUCUAGAGAGUUCUGCUUGCACAGAAAAUAUGGUUCCUAAUAGUGCUGUCUACAAUCUCAGUUUGCUACGUUUCUGUGCUAUGCAGUGUUGCAAGUUAAUGAAUGUGAAAUUGAGUCUUGUUCAAAAUGGACGAUGGCCUCUUAGCUCUCUAUCAAAAUGGCUACUUUGCAACAGGCAGCUGCUUCAGUCUGUCUCAGAGGGAAUACUGCUUGCAGAGAGUGGACAGCACUCAAUAGUGCUGUCUACUUUCUAUUACAGUGCUGUGCAUAGGCACAAAAUAUAAUGGAAUGUGAAAUUCAGUUGUCACUAUGUGAAGGGUGGCUGCUUCACUCUCUUUCGAGAUGUCUGCUUUCUGCAGCCAUAAACUUGAGUCUGUACAGUGGGGAGUUCUGCUUGCAUAGAGUAGACUGCUCUGGAUGAUGUUGUCCGUUAAUAUAUUAUUUAUAAUAUGUUGUGUUAAACAGAGGUGCAACAGAAUGAAAGUGGAAUUUUGUCUUCAUCAAUGACAUCAUCUACGAGAAAGUUCUUGGAGAGUGUAGACUCCUCUUUAUGGUGAUGUCUCUAAUCUCUGGUUUUUGUUAUGUCACAGUGUUACUUAGUCGUGCUACAGAAUCAAUGUGAAAUUUCGUCUUCAUCGAGGUGGAGGAUGGCCACUUCACUCUCUCUCAAGAUGGCUACCUUCCAACAACCCUCUGCAUCAGCCUGGCCAGAAGGAAAUUCUGCCUGUGCAUAGUUUCUGAUGAGACUAUCUAGAAUAUCUGGCCUGUUUAGGUUAUAGUGUUAUGCAAUAGUGCAGCAUAAGUGUAUGCGAAAAUCAGUCUCCAUCACGAUGGUAGUGCGUGAGGUACUCCCAGUUCAUUAGACAUCUUCUUAAUGAGCAAAACACUAUGAGCAUUAAAAAAUUCAGUCUUCAUGGCUUCUCUUAUUUCAUAAUGCAUUUUGCUUCCCUUUUCUGUGACACUGCGUUUGAUCUCUGGACGCCUGUUUUGUUCUUUAUCAAGAUCGUUGCCUUCCAACGAGCAUCUACCUCUGUCUUUCCAGAAGGAAGUUACGCCUCCAAAGAGCUAACUGCAUUUGAAGGGGCUCUCUGUGAUCUCUGGUUUGUGUUAAAGCACAAUGUUAUGUUCCAUGCAAUGUUGCAACAGAAUAAAUUGGAUUUGUCUGCUGUAAUCGCCUUAGUUUGCCUGUUUUCACAGGCACUGGCAGAGUAUCUGCACAUAAUUAAGUAUCUCUUACUUCAAUUUUACAAUGUGUUUGCUAGGAGAAAAGGCAAACAUGUUUGUUCAUAGUGGAGAGAAAAUGUAUGCAGGUAAAGUUUUUUCAAAGUGUCUUGAAGCCACCGCAAGUGGCCUUGUUUGUACUGUCAUCAUAAAAGUCAUCAUAAGAGUCAUCAAAAAGAGUCAUCAUGAAAAAGAGUAAUCAAAAGUCAUCAUAAAAGUAUACUUUAGAAGAAUAGCUCGUAUAUACAAUUAUACUGCCUUGCUUGUUUGUCUGUAUGCUUGGUUCUUCAUUUGACUUGCAUGUCUCACAUUUAUUCUCAUCGAGAAAAUGGAGCACCUUCAUUUAAAGGGAGAAUUUAUUUUGAAUUUUCUCGUGAGUCACGUUCCUGCUCAUGGCAGCCACUAUUUCAAUUAAUGCAACACAGGCUUUACAGCACACAUAUAGUAACACAUAUCAAACAAUACGCCUUAUGCAAGCCUCAAUUAUGGGGCACGAAAAAUGUAUUCUGCUGUUUAACACUAAAAAAACCAGCAGUGGGAAGCUACUAGAUGUUGCAGAGAUGAUCAGUUCCAUACAUAUAAAAGUGAAGCCGAACGCCAAGCAGAGAUAUUGGUGAUGAAAUUACUGUAAAUUUUGUACAACAGAAACAAUCAUUUCCAGAUUGUGGACAAUGUGGGAAAUGUUUACGCCAGUAUUAUAGAUCCAUCCUUGCAUCACCUGUAGAACUGAAAUGCAUGUCGCACUUUGAACUCUUCCCAUUGCAUUAAUUAUUGCUGUUCUGGUCUCUCAAGGUUCGCAUACGAUGCACAGUAUUACUUUCAACAUUGAAGAAUCGGCAAAGGGAUGGAGGGGGAACGGACAGUGUGAAAUACUAUCUUUUGCCUCAGUAAGACAAAGUGCUAUAUUAUGUGAUUCUAAGCGCACAUUUUUUUUGCUGAAAAUAGUUGAUAAGCUAUAACAUGCAUGUUAGAAUCGAGCAUGAAACCGAAAUUCCAGUAGGUGGUGCCAAAAUCUUCACCCGCCAAUCUCAAAUCCCACCUUUCAGUCUCGUACUGCCGCAGUGAGCAAUGCCCUGUCCACAGUGUCUUGCAUUUAAUAAAUUUUAUUUUUUCACAUUGAGAACAAAUAGCUAUUUCUCUCUCUUAAAAUAAAAAUAUGGUGAUGAAACAACCA